UUCACUCAGUCAGUCGGCGCACGUCGUUCGUUACUUACGUGUUUGUGAUAAAAAUAUAUACGUAACCGAAUAUUGUUUGAAACAUUCGCUCAGCUGAUCAGUGACAAGGUGUAUAUAAGCGAAUAUAACAAGAAGCUAAAUAAUUGGCUAGUGCUGUGAUCUCGGGAGUGAAAACCCUAAAACGAGCGACUAUCGAAAAUAUCUCGAGUCGAAUGUAAAAAUAUACGCGUCGCCGUGAAACAUUCACCGCGUGUGACUGAUCGAUAUUUUAAAUGAUAACAUGGAUUCAAUUAGGUGUUGUUUUAGAAUACGGUGAGAUAUUGUGACGAGUUGCAUUUGUGUUGUGUGUGAUCGAGUGAGACAUCGCGCGGUAGAAAGCGAUGCCGGUAGUGUAGUCCACAUGAGCAUGUGUGGGUGGCGCGGCGUGGUCGCGCUGGCGACGCUGAUGCUGGCGCGAGCGCAGGCGACGCUCGCGCUGCACCAGCCGCGCUGCGAAGAGAUCGUCAUCCCCAUGUGCCGGGGCAUCGGGUACAACCUCACCUCGUUCCCCAACGCGCUCGACCAUGACACCCAAGACGAAGCCGGCCUAGAGGUCCACCAGUACUGGCCCCUCGUCGAAAUAAAAUGCUCCGCCGACCUGAAGUUCUUCCUGUGCUCGGUGUACACGCCGAUCUGCCUGGAGGACUACGCGAAGCCGCUGCCGGCGUGCCGCAGCGUGUGCGAGCGCGCGCGCUCGGGCUGCGCGCCGCUCAUGCAGAAGUACGGCUUCCAGUGGCCCGAGCGCAUGGCCUGCGAGAAGCUGCCGCGCUUCGGGGACCCCGAGAACCUGUGCAUGGACGACAACAAUCGCGAGCCGGAGCCCGAGCCGCCGCGCCCGCCGCCCCGCAAGACCCACAAGAACCUCUGCAAGGACCCAAAAAACUGCGAGAGCGGCCAGGCUGCCGGCGCGGGCGCGGCCGCCGCCGACGACUGCGCCUGCACCUGCCGCCUGCCGCUGGUGCCGGCCACCGCCAACUCCAGCGCCGCCGCCAUCGGGCUGGCCGCCUGCGCGCUGCCCUGCCGCGGGGCCUUCUUCACGCGCGAGGAGAAGGAGUUCGCGGCCGUGUGGGUCGCGCUCUGGAGCGGCCUGUGCGCGGCCUCCACGCUCAUGACGCUCACCACCUUCCUGAUCGACUCGCAGCGCUUCAAGUACCCGGAGCGGCCCAUAGUGUACCUCUCGGCCUGCUACUUCAUGGUCGCAGUCGGCUACCUGACGCGGCUCGCGAUCGGCCACGAGGAGGUCGCCUGUGACGGGCCCGCGCUGAAGACCUCCGCCGACGGGCCCGGCGCCUGCACGCUCGUCUUCGUCCUGGUCUACUUCUUCGGCAUGGCCUCGUCGAUCUGGUGGGUGGUGCUGUCGUUCGCGUGGUUCCUGGCCGCGGGGCUCAAGUGGGGCAACGAGGCGAUCGCGGGCCACGCCCAGUACUACCACCUGGCCGCGUGGCUGAUCCCCGCCGCGAAGACGGUCGCCGUGCUGCUGGCCGGCGCCGUCGACGGCGACCCGGUGGCCGGCAUCUGCUACGUCGGAAACACCUCGCCCGAGAACCUGCGGCGGUACGUGCUCGCGCCGCUGGUGGUGUACUUCGCGCUGGGCGCCACGUUCCUGCUCGCCGGGUUCGUGUCGCUGUUCCGCAUCCGCUCGGUGAUCAAGCGGCAGGGCGGCAUCGGCGCGGGCUCGAAGGCGGACAAGCUGGAGAAGCUGAUGAUCCGGAUCGGCGUGUUCAGCGUGCUGUACGCGGUGCCGGCGGGCGUGGUGAUCGGCUGCCUGGCGUACGAGGCGGGCGGCCACGAGCGCUGGCUGCGGCGCGUGGCGUGCGGCGCGGGCUGCGGCUCCCGCCCGCUCUACUCCGCGCUCAUGCUCAAGUACUUCAUGGCGCUGGCGGUGGGCAUCACGUCGGGCGUGUGGAUCUGGUCCGGGAAGACGCUGGACUCGUGGCGGCGCGUGUGGCGCGGCGGCCGGGGCCCGCACCACCGCGCGCUCGUCAAGGGCGCCGUGUGA